AUGGUGAAUGAGGGAGUUCCUCCCCAAGGUGAUCAAGGCCUUCAAGGUGAACAAGUUCCUCUAGGCAAUCAAGGGAAUGAAGUUCUGGUGGUUCCCCUGGACAUGACCAAUGAAGAGAUUAGAUCGGCUUAUCUAACCCUAGCUCGAGCCAUGAUGGCUCAAGCAAAUAGAGAUGUGGGGACUAGGGUGAAUGCUAAUGAGAGUACCGUAGCCUUAAGAUUGAGAGACUUUGUGAGGAUGAAUCCUCCUAUUUUUCUUGGCUCUAAAGUGGGAGAAGAUCCCCAAGAAUUCUUGGAUGAAGUUUAUAAGAUUGUAGAUGCUAUGGGAGUACCUUAUAGGGAGAAGGCGGAGUUGGCUUCCUAUAAAUUGAAAGAAGUGGCCCAAGUGUGGUUCACUCAAUGGAAAGCCAAUAGGCCGGUUGAAGCGGGUCCUAUAGAAUGGGAGGAGUUUAAGAGUGCCUUCCUUGUUAAGGAAGAGUGUUCUACGGCAAUGCUCCAUGGUGAUAUGAAUAUUUCUAGACUCGUUGUGUAUGCUCAAUCUAUUGAGGAGUCUAAACUUAAUAGGGUGAAUAGGGAUUUGAAAAGGGGUAGAUCCGAUGAGCAAGGUCAACCUAGGUUCAAGAAGAGAGCUCCUAACAAAGAUUCUUCAAGUUCUCUUAAGGCUAACCAAGAAAGAGUUGGUGGUUCUCAAGUUUCUAAACCUACUUGUCACAAUUGUGGAAAGAAAUAUUUUGGGAAGUGUCUAGCCGGUACUAGUGGGUGCUAUGGUUGUGGGAAGAAUGAUCACCAAGUGAAAUAUUGUCCUACUCUUACGGCUAGAGGAAGGGAGGCCAAACAAGCUUCUCUUAAUGGCCCAAAUCUUGAUGCUCCAAAGAAGAACCGUUUCUAUGUGCUUCAAGCUAACAAGGACAAGGGAGCUAAUCCGGAUGAAGGUACCGGUAAGUUAUAG